CGCGACUCUCCGCGCGAUGAGAGACGAGGUCGCCAUGUUUGUACAAUGAGGGAAGAAGAAGAGUGCUGGAAACGAGUAGCUUCUGCUGUCUCCCCAUUUCAUUUUAACUGAAUGUGUGUUUUUGCAAGAGUGUACAAUUAAUUCAGUUUUAACACGCACAUUGUUAAAAGUAUUUUUCCGUACAACAAGCUCGUUGUUUGACGCCCUGCCGCCAAGUGUUCAGCCGUAGCUAAACUAGUUGUACUACUACUACUAGUACUAGUUAGUUGUAGAGUCGACUAGACCUGCACAACUCUUUAUUAUUAUUAUUUUUUUUUUGUCUAAAAUGAUCAUAGAAGACUUGGAUGCCUUGAAAUCAUGGCUUUCAAAAACCUUGGAGCCCAUAUGUGAUGCAGAUCCCUCUGCCCUUGCAAAGUAUGUACUGGCCUUAGUGAAAAAGGAUAAGAAAGAGAAGGAACUGAAAGCACUGUGUGUUGACCAGUUGGAUGUAUUCCUCCAGAAAGAAACACAGACCUUUGUUGAUAAACUUUUUGAAGCUAUAAAUAGCAAAAGUUACCUGCCUCAAUAUGAGCAGAUCUCUGCCACAAUCAGAACUGAAGAUCACCAGAGGCAAGUAAAAGAUGACCUCAGGAAAGAAGAGUCAAACAAAGAAGAUGAUAGAGAGAAGAAGUUUUCAAGGAGAGUGACUCACAGCCCACAGCAAUCAAGUUCCAGGUAUCGGGAUAACAGGAGAGGGGAUGAGCGCAAGAAAGAUGACCGCUUUAGGAAGUGGGAUUAUGACCGCAUCCCUUCAAGGCGGGAUUCCUACCGGGAUCGCUACAACAGAAGGCGGGGCCGCAGCUACAGUCGCAGCCGCAGUCGCAGUUGGAGCAAGGAUCGUCCUCGAGACAGAGAAAGGAGUAGAAGUAGAUCUAGAAGCAGUAGCCACUCCAGGACAAAAAGUAGAGAUGGAGAAACUGGGAGAUCAAAAUACGACCAUGAGAGACCACUAGAGCCCAUGGAGAGGAACACUCCGGCAUCCCUGGUACCUGAUGUGCCCUCGAGCCACUUCCCUGUCCCAACCAUCAGCAGCACAAUCACUGUCAUAGCCCCCAAACACCAUGGGAACAGCAGCACAGAGACCUGGUCGGAGUUCCCUGAGGACAGUGGGCCUCCACAAAGGAAGCGUUGCCGUGACUAUGAUGAGAAAGGCUUCUGCAUGCGUGGAGACAUGUGUCCCUUUGACCACGGCAACGACCCUGUGGUGGUGGAGGACGUCAACCUGCCUAGCAUGCUUCCAUUCCAAGCCCAGCCUCUCACUCUUGUAGACACCCAGCCUCCUCCUGGUCUGCCUCCCCCUCAAACUCUUGUCACACCCCCACCGGUCAAUCUGAGACCCCCUGUUCCCCUGCCAGAGACUUUGCCACCCAGCCUUCCUCCAGUAGCAGGUCUACCACCUCCACUCCUGCCGCUUCAGCCUUCUGGAAUGGAUGCUCCCCCAAACUCAGUCACCAGCACUGUACCCAAUAUUGUCACGUCAGGAAUGCGCCUUCCUCCUCCUCAGGUGCCUCCCCGUCUCUUCUCACCAGCUGCUUAUGAAGCAGAUGUGUAUAAUCCAGAAGCUCCCAGUAUUACUAGCAUGUCCAGACCUGUGUACAGACACAGAGUACAUGCUCAGAGGCCCAACCUGAUUGGCCUGACCAUGGGAGAGAUGGACCCGCCACAUCGAGAAAACACUGUGAACAACAAUAGCGUGAGGAUUGUGGUUGAAUCAGACAGGCGAAAACGAUCUGCAGAUCCAGCUGAUGGAGCUCUUGCCAAGAAACUCAGACCUGGUUUCAAUAAGCCCAACCACCAAAUCUUCUACAGACGGGUACCUUUUGGAUCCCAAAAUGCCAAGCUGUAUGUCAGACAGAUUCCUGCAGAACUCAACAACAUUGCCAAGCUUAAUGGGCACUUCAGUAAAUUUGGGACCAUUGUUAACCUACAAGUGGCAUAUCAGAACGACCCGACAUGUGCCCUUGUUGAGUUCUCCACACACGAGGAGGCCAAAAGAGCUAUCCUCAGCACAGAGGCUGUGCUGAACAAUCGCUUCAUCAAGGUGCACUGGCAUCGGGAAGACAGUGCAGCAGUGGUCCAACAACCCCCGCAGCACCCACAGACGGGCCUGCAGGCCACUCAGCAGCCUGCCGUCUCAGCUGUCAAGCAGUCUGUGAAGGACCGCCUGGGUCCACUCCCAAACACCAACUCUGAUGUCCCACAGGAGAUCCAAAAUGUCGAAAAAAUUUCUGUAAAAAGUCGAUUGGGUUUUUCUUCAAAGUCGACAGCUGGUGUGCCGGUAUUUUCACCUUCCACUGGACUCAAAAAGACUGUUUACAACUCAUACCCAUCUGUUCUGAAAGCUACUCUGAACUCUGUGCCUUUUGUGAGCACUGUAACCUCAGCAGAGACUCUGAAGAAGAAACAUGAAGCAUUCAGGCUCCAACAAGAUGUUUUGAAGAAGAAGCAGGAAAUCUUGGAGAAACAUAUUGAAACACAAAAGUUGCUGAUAUCCAAACUGGAGAAGAACAAAACUCUGAAACGUGAAGACAAGGCCCAAAUAAUGGAGACACUGACAACUUUGACUACAAACAUAACAAAACUCCAAGCUGAAAUUAAAGACAUUUCAAGUCCGAUGCAUCUUAAACCCACGAAGAGCAAAGCUGAGGCACAGAAGGAACUGCUGGAUACUGAGUUAGACCUCUACAAGAAGGCGCAGGCUGGAGAGGACACUACAGAGCUGAGGGCAAGAUAUACACAACUUCAGUUGGCCGCAGCCAAAAGGGGCAUCUUGGCCUCGGGUCGUGGACGGGGAGCCAGCGGUCAUGGUCAAGGAGCCUUACGGGGUAGGGGGCGAGGCAUUCGAGGACGAGGCAGGGGGGCUCCGGCGCAUGCUGUCGUUGACCACCGGCCUCGGGCAUUAGAAGUUUCAGGUUUCAUAGAAUCUGACAAAGUGGACCUGCUUCCACACUUUGCUCAAUUUGGUGAAAUUGAAGAUUGCCAGAUAGAUGACUCCACCAAUUGUGCUGUCAUCACAUUCAGAACAAGGGCAGAAGCUGAAUUGGCUGCUGUUCACGGGGUGAAGUUCAAUAGUCAGGACCUGAAGCUGGCUUGGCACAAGCCCACUGCCCCACUGACGCCAGCAGAUGCUGAAGAGGCUGAGGCAGAGGACGAGGAAUUCCAAGUGGAUUCUUUGGCAGACAGUGCUUUGCUGCAGGAUGAUGACGAGGAGGAUGAUGACAAUGAACCACGUUCUUGGCGCAGAUGAGGAAGUUCGAAGUCUUUGCCUGAAAACCACUGAAAGACUGUUUAAAUUGUUUUCAUUUUUAACGGUUACCUUUGACUGGAGAGUUUAAUAGUUUUUUAUAAAGGUUAUAGCCAAAGUUCACUUCAAGUUUAUUGUACAUAUAAAUGCUGGAUGUGGAAGGUUUUCUUUUUUAAUAUGUCAGAAUUCACACCGUAUCUUUUUUUCAUUUCAAUUUGGUCUCCAGAAUAUAUGGCCAGAUGUCUUUUGAGAUAUGGUUCCAUGUAAUGGAACGAACAUUGGAUACUUAAUGAAUGUGUGACAUUCAGAAGCAAUCAUAAAACUUAUUUUGGUAAAGUUACUAAGGUUGCAUAGUAGGCUUUACUUUGAUUAACAUUUUAGUAGUUAACUUUGCUGUACAUGUUUUAUUAUUUUUAAUUAUUUGUAUAAUGGAAUUCUUUCAACCCUUUAAUUUGAAAUGGGGAAAAAAAAUUAAAGUGGUCUGCUUCAAACAAAAAGCUGAGAGAAUUAAAACAGUAUUAAAGAUUAAAAUGAACAAAUGCAAGACAAACAAUUUCAACCCCCCUCCUCCCCACAAAAGAUCAAAAAUCAGUUUCAUUUUUAUAUGUAUUUCAUGCAUACAAAUGUGUGCAAGAACCGAUGUAGCUCCUGUGGGACCAAGGUAUGAAUUUAGAAUGUGUGAAUAUGGUUCUAAUCUAAAACAAUUAAACAGCAGUGGUAUAAUUGAAAUAUUUAAGUCAAGUUUAGAUUUUAAAAUAAAAGGACUAACCACAUUCAAUCCCCUUAAAACUUCUUCCAUGUUUAAAUCUAUGCAUUUUUACUAAUGUGUUAUAGUGCCAAUGGCUCCAUACAGAUAAGCAAUAUCCAUUGGAAAGUAAUAUUGAAGUUACGUUGUUUAAUGUCAAGCGCUUUCAUCGUGCAAUAAAA